AAAAACCAAAAAAAAAAAAACCAACUCUUUCUCCCUCCCUCCCUCUCUUAAACAUGUCAGCGGCCGGCGCUAGCCCAUUGGCCGUUGCACCAAUAACACGACGUCGUAUCGGAGACUCUCUCGAAACCACCUCCGAACGACCCUCCAUUUCCUCAGAGUAUUGCAACAUAGUCAACAUCUCCUCCCUCUCGCCGGACUUAGACGUCGACGGCGAGGGAGGAACAAACGGCGCGUGUUCCUCACCCUCCUCGAUGGGGUCCACCUCUAGCGGAUCGCAUUACCACCACGAUCACCACUACCACCCGAAGAUCCGGUACCUUCUUCUCCCACGUAAAUUGAAGUGGCCGUUUCUUUGCGAGGGUGGAUGGACGGCUGUGAUUGGUCAAGGAUUGGGGAGAAACGUGGGCCGUAAGAUCUUGGGUCUUCUCAUGGUUCUCGUCGUUGUUUCUCUCUUUGUUAGAGUUUCUGUUAUGAGUGGGCGCGUUGCUGAUCACGCGCACAGGAGAGAUUUGAAUGAGCUUGUUGUUGUUAGGGCGUUACAUGAAGAUUGGUCCAUGGCUCAACGCGCAAUGUCGGAGAAUGUUUCUGUCGAGAAGCUCCCCGUUCCGGAGAUAUGGCAGAAACCUGAAUCCAGCAACUAUCGCCAGUGUGCGUCACGUCCCAAGAGCCGUUCAAGGCUCCAUAGGAAAACCAACGGUUAUCUUCUAGUACACGCGAAUGGCGGGUUAAAUCAGAUGAGAACUGGGAUAUGUGACAUGGUUGCUGCAGCAAAGAUUAUGAAUGCGACUCUUGUUCUUCCUCUCCUCGACCAUGAAUCUUUCUGGACUGACCCCAGCACAUUCAAAGACAUUUUUGACUGGAGACACUUCAUGAACGUAUUGAAAGAUGACGUUGACAUUAUAGAGUACUUGCCUCCUCGCUAUGCAGCCAUGAAGCCUCUCCUCAAGGCUCCUGUCUCUUGGUCCAAGGCUAGCUACUACAGAAACGAGAUGCUACCUUUGUUGAAAAAACACAAGGUGGUAAAGUUCACACACACCGAUUCACGCCUAGCCAACAACGGCUUACCACCAUCAAUCCAACGGCUGAGAUGCCGCGCUAACUACCAAGCCUUAAGUUACUCCAAGGAGAUUCAAGAGUUCGGUGAAGUUUUGGUUAACCGGUUAAGAAACAACAGUGAACCCUUCAUUGCUCUCCACUUACGUUACGAGAAAGACAUGCUUGCCUUCACAGGCUGCAGCCACAACCUCACAGCUGGAGAAGCUGAAGAGCUGAGAAUCAUGAGAUACAAUGUGAAACACUGGAAAGAGAAAGAGAUUGACAGCAGAGAGAGACGGAUCCAAGGAGGCUGCCCUAUGUCUCCUAGAGAAGCAGCGAUAUUUUUAAAGGCGAUGGGGUAUCCAUCUUCCACUACUGUAUAUAUAGUUGCUGGUGAGAUCUAUGGAGGUAAUAGUAUGGAUGCUUUCAGAGAAGAGUACCCUAACGUCUUCUCUCAUUCAAGUUUAGCAACUGAAGAAGAGUUAGAACCCUUUAAACCAUACCAAAACCGCUUGGCUGCUUUGGAUUACAUUGUGGCCUUAGAAAGCGAUGUUUUUGUGUAUACUUAUGAUGGGAAUAUGGCUAAGGCUGUACAAGGGCAUAGGAGGUUUGAAGGGUUUAAGAAGACUAUCAAUCCAGACAGGUUAAAUUUUGUUAGACUGAUAGAUCAUUUAGACGAAGGUGUGAUGUCUUGGGAUGAGUUCUCUUCAGAGGUGAAGAUGUUACAUGGAGGCAGGAUUGGAGCUCCAUAUGCUAGACUUUCAGGUGAGUUCCCUCGGCUAGAAGAGAACUUUUACGCGAAUCCACAACCAGAUUGCAUUUGUAACAACAAGUCUCAGCCUGAGCAACCUUGGAAGUCAAGUGUAAGAAGUGAGUCAGAUAGAUGGAAGGAGAGUGUUUGAAGAUAGAAGACAAGACAUUUGAUUCAACACUUUUGUAGCUUUCUUGUACAAUAUAGGAAAAAAGAAAGAAGACUGGUUUCUUGGAAGAUUUAUACAAAUCUGUAGAAUCUGUGAUUCAC